UUGUUCUGAACCUUCGACGGCCAAACUCGCAGUUUAAACAGGACUGUGCCGACUUAAGGGUGUCCAAUUCCCGUUUUACUUUAUUUCCUAGUAAAACCCUAAAACUAGUGAAAAUCAGCAGAAAAACCACAUAAAAAUUAUUGCGACAAAAUGGCCACCAUCCUAGGAGGAAUCUACGAUGUUUACAGGGACUUGUUGGACAACAAAAGCGAUCAGCGAGUGAAAGGAUGGUUCCUAAUGAGCUCCCCAUUGCCAACGUUAUGCAUUUGUCUCACCUACGUUUACAUUGUGAAGGUUCUCGGCCCCAAACUGAUGGAGAACCGUAAACCGUUCGAACUGAAACGGGUUCUCAUCUACUACAACUUGUUCCAAGUGAUUUUCAGCACGUGGCUGUUUUAUGAGGCGUCAGUGUCUGGAUGGCUCAAUCAUUACAGCCUCAAGUGCCAGCCGGUCGACUAUUCUCUAUCGCCAUUGGCUGUGAGGAUGGUGCACGGUUGCUGGUGGUACUACAUAUCAAAGUUCUCCGAGUUUUUCGACACGUUCUUCUUCGUGAUGCGGAAAAAGUUCGACCACGUUUCGACCCUUCACGUGAUCCAUCACGGCAUCAUGCCAAUGUCGGUGUGGUUUGGGGUGAAGUUCACGCCAGGCGGCCACUCGACGUUCUUCGGCUUCCUCAACACGUUCGUGCACGUCGUCAUGUAUUCGUACUACCUGGUGGCGGCUUUAGGCGAGCGCUACCAGCGCUACCUGUGGUGGAAAAAGUACCUAACAGCCAUCCAAAUGGUGCAGUUCGUGUUGGUGAUGGCGCACGCGUUCCAACUGCUCUUCAUCGACUGCGACUACCCGAAAGCCUUCGUCUGGUUCAUCGGAAUGCAUGCGCUCAUGUUCUACUUUCUCUUCUCCAAGUUCUACAAGCAAACCUACAAGCAGCAGAAGAACCAAAAUGGCGUCAAAGUGCCGGCGUCGAAGUUCGGCAAAGUCGCGAUCUGCUUUGCCGGCCAGAGCGAGCUGUACGACGACCACGCCCCCACCAAGCAACUGCGCAACUCCUACACGACGUCACGGCUGAAAAACCGCGCCUACGUCAACCGGACCGACGACUGAUUCGCAUCAAGAGGGCGCCUUCUAAGCACGUGCCUGGAUUGGCCGGAUUUGUGUUCUUGACAAAUUGUGGACAGUUUAUCGAGUUGCGCACAUCACUUUUACAGGAACGUGGCUGCAGGUUUCUUUGUUACCAACCAAUCACCCCCCGCCACGUUCCCAGACAGUUCUUUUGCGUGUAAAUAUCGUGGAUGGGUUUUUAGCAAUUUUUGGUACAAACUGUGUAUGGAAGGGACAUAAAUAAAAAAAUUAAAAAAAACACCGACUAAA